AUCACAGAGAAGAAACAAAUAGGUGGCGUUUCUCUGUUGAAGUAUAUUUGACUCACUUUGAGCGAUAAAUAAAAGACCGGAUACUUCUCUCACAAUAUUUGGCUUGUUCACAGAGAGGUGUAGAAAGAUGGGGAAACACAACAGCAAGCUUGCUCCUGAGGUGCUUGAUGACUUGACCAAGAGUACAGAGUUCAACGAAGCUGAGCUGAAGCAGUGGUAUAAGGGGUUCCUGAAGGACUGUCCAUCUGGCAUCCUCAAUCUGGAAGAGUUCCAGCAACUCUAUGUCAAGUUCUUUCCUUAUGGCGACGCUUCAAAAUUCGCCCAGCAUGCCUUUCGGACAUUUGACAAAAACAAUGAUGGUACCAUUGACUUCAGGGAGUUCAUCUGCGCGCUGUCCAUUACUUCCAGGGGAAGUUUUGAGCAGAAACUCAACUGGGCCUUCAACAUGUACGACCUGGACGGAGACGGCAAGAUCACACGCAUGGAAAUGCUGGAGAUCAUUGAGGCAAUCUACAAGAUGGUUGGGACGGUGAUCAUGAUGCGUAUGAACGAAGAUGGGCUGACCCCACAGCAGCGUGUGGACAAAAUCUUCAGCAAGAUGGACAAGGACCACAACGACGAGAUCACGCUGGAGGAGUUCAAAGAGGCGGCCAAGAGCGACCCCUCCAUUGUUCUUUUACUGCAGUGUGACAUGCAGAAGUAAGGAAGGAGAGGAGGAAGAUGAGUGAAGUGGGCUGGGGGAUGUAGGGAGGGGAGGAGAACCAUGUACAGACUUCUAGAGAGAUGUAGGUAAUAGAGCAUGAGAGAAAAUGUACAUACAGUUAAGUUAGACUGCAUGAUAAUCUUGGGAAUGUUAAGGGAAUGAUUAUGGCCAUUUGGAAUGAUUAGUCAAAGUAAUGCAAGAGAGGGUCUUUUCCACCCUGUAUCACUUAUUACACAUUCUGUCUGCUUUCCAGCCUCUAGAGAGAGUCAGAAAGUUCAAAAGAUUGAAUCCUUAAUACAAGAUGUUUCUUUCCUCAAAAAAGGUCUUUUCUGAGCCAACUAACUAUAUUUUAGGAUUAGAAGCAUAUUUGAACAAUUUAAUGUAAAAAUUAAAUUUUUUAAAGAUACAAAAUGCAUUUUUAGGCCUGAAAUUAUAUUAGGGAUACACGAUAUAUCAGAAUUAAUAUGGUGUAGAAGCAAUUUUCACUCAGAAAUUGCCAGUACAUUUCA